UAAGAAAAGCCAAAUAAAAUUGUAGCCGUUCGUCAAGUAUAUUUAAAAUAAAUAAAUAUACGUGUACAGAGUCCUUGAUACAAUAUAAAUCUCGUUAUCGCUCGUCGCGGAGAUACUCGUUAAUCUCGAUAUAGACCGUUCGAUACUUCGUAGCUAAUCGACUUAUAACUGCGCUAUCGUGUCCGUUGCUUAGUUAGUGUGGAGUGGCGGUAUUUGUUGUCGAGUGCCGCCACAAGAGCCACAUCUGACGGCCUUUGUGCGAAACAUACGAAAUGUGAAGUUAUGUUUGAAGAUAAGUAAUUAAGUUUGAGUUCUGUAUUUGUCGAAUGGCCAUACGUAUGUAUACAAACGUUUGGGGGGACCUGGUAUAAACAUGUUUUAUCAUAUAUCGUUAGAACACGAAAUUUUAUUACACCCUAGAUACUUUGGACCUCAAUUAUUAGAUACAGUGAAACAAAAACUAUAUACCGAAGUAGAAGGCACCUGUACAGGAAAAUAUGGUUUUGUAGUUGCUGUAACAACAAUAGAUAACAUUGGCGCAGGGAUCAUACAGCCAGGACAAGGUUUUGUUGUGUAUCCUGUUAAAUACAAGGCCAUUGUAUUUAGACCAUUUAAAGGAGAAGUAUUAGAUGCUAUAGUAACACAAGUAAACAAGGUUGGAAUGUUUGCUGAAAUAGGGCCACUUUCAUGUUUUAUAUCGCACCAUUCAAUUCCAGCAGAUAUGCAGUUUUGUCCAAAUAUAAAUCCACCAUGCUACAAAUCUAAAGAAGAGGAUGUAAUUAUUCAACCAGAUGAUGAGAUAAGGUUAAAAAUUGUGGGCACAAGAGUAGAUGCAACAGGAAUUUUUGCUAUUGGAACAUUGAUGGAUGAUUAUCUGGGUAAAUAUUUAUUUUAUCAGCCUAGUGAUUUCUUACAAUAUUAUUCAUUUCCAUAACACAUGUUUUCUUUUAUAGGACUUGUGUGUAAUUGAAUGCAUUCAAUACAUAGAUUGUUUUAAUGUAAGUUUUGCAUAUAAAUUAAAAUAUUUUAUUAUAAAAUAAUAACUUUUACAUACCAUAUAUAGUAGGGAAUAUUUAUUAUACUACCUUUUAAAUUCUAUAUUGUUUAAAUAUAUGUGUCAUUAAACAUGCAUCUACUUGAUCAUGAAUAAAUAUCUUAUUUAUUAUGAA